AUGGCGUAUUCCCGUCUGCGCUCCCCUCAUCUGUCAUUUCUGCAGACACUGUUCUCUCUCUUACUGUCAUCCAUCUCUCUGCUUGCGUCCAAUUGGUGCUCGGGGGUGCAGAAGGUUCCAAAGCCGCUGUGUUCUCCUGUGCGCCGUCAGACCUGCACACCGUCUGACCUGUUCACCAACGGCUCCACCCAAUUUACCUGGGAAACUGGGGAUGACCGCUUUAUCUUCCCCACCUUCCAUGCUGGGAUUUGGAGCUGCUGUGAAGAAAACAUACACAAAGAUGAAUGGGAAGAGAAAUGUCGCAGUUUCAUGGCUCUGACACCUCCAUCAGAGAAAGGGAUUUUCUGGCUGUGUGUGCUGAUGGAGUUGAUGUAUCUCACUUUGUUGUGUAUCAGUUGCAUGUUGUUGAUGGUUCAGUUGUGUUUCUCUGCGUGGAAGCCCUUGCUAAAUAACUGGGGAGAAUUACUGAACGCAUAUGCUGCUGUGUUCACUGUACUGGGAGGUCUUGUUGGAAUGGUUGGUCACAUCAUGUUUAUGCAGGUAUUCCAGGUGACAGCAUCCAGUGGGCCGGAGGAUUUUAAACCACACCGUUACGGAUACUCAUGGGCCUUUUAUGUGGCCUGGGUUGCCUUCACCUGCUGCAUGAGUGCUGGAGUUUCCACUCUGAAUAAUUACACCAAGAAAGUGCUGAUGUUUGGGACAAAGCCAAAGCCUGACUUCUACAAUGUGACGCCACCAUAUUACCCCCCAUUUCCACCCCCACCCCCUUCCAUUCUCCCUCCAUGCCCUCCUCUACCUCCUGCCCUCUCCCCACUCUCUUCAUACUCUUGUCCUCCAUCUCCUCCAGGCUUGUUCUCUGCUGACUCUAGAUCUCUACACAGCCCCAGUCGCCCUCCUCUAUCACCCACAACACCCGUCUCUCUCCUCCAGUCACCUCUCUCUCCUUCUUUUUCUCUAUCUCCUAUGCCUUCCAUCACUCUCUCCAUCACAUCCUCCAUCCCUGCUCUUGCUUCCCCUGUUUCCCAGACACUACAUGAAGAAUACAGUUCCCUCUAA